UCUAGCCAUUUUCUGUUAGUUGGAUUCAUAUCCUCCUGUUUUCGAUCGAUAUCUUACUUCAUUGCACGCAGUUUUCUGUUUGGAUUUUCAAUUCCUGUUCCAGUGCGGAUUUCUUGAAGCCGUUUUGCAUUUCGGCAACAUCAAAAGGUCCCAAAUUCAUGAAAAUCCCCUUAUUGUUUCAUAUUUGAAUAGUGCUUCUUGCUUUCAUGGGCUGCAUUUACUCCAAACAAAUCAAACAGCCUCAAGGAUAUGAGGAGCCUUCUGUCCUUGCAUCCGAAACAACUUUUACUGUGAGUGAAGUGGAAGCCUUGUAUGAGCUAUUUAAGAAGCUAAGCAGUUCCAUUAUCGACGAUGGGCUUAUUCACAAGGAAGAGUUCCAACUUGCACUAUUUAAGAACAGCAAUAAGAAGAAUCUUUUUGCGGACAGGGUCUUUGAUCUGUUUGAUCUCAAACGCAAUGGGGUUAUUGAGUUUGGGGAAUUUGUUCGAUCACUGAGCAUCUUUCACCCAAAUGCUCCGGAAUCAGAGAAAAUUGCAUUUGCAUUUAGAUUGUAUGAUUUGAGGCGCACUGGCUACAUUGAACGUGAGGAGUUGAAAGAGAUGGUGUUGGCCCUUCUGAAUGAAUCUGAUCUUAGCCUUUCCGAUGAUGUUGUUGAAACGAUUGUUGGCAAGACGUUCACUGAGGCAGAUUCAAAAGGCGAUGGGAAAAUAGAUCCAGAUGAGUGGAAGGAAUUCGUGGCACGAAAUCCAUCUUUGAUAAAGAAUAUGACUCUUCCAUAUUUAAAGGACAUAACAAUCGCAUUUCCCAGCUUUGUGUUGAACUCCGAAGUCGAAGAUGCAGAUAUGACAUCCUAAAUACAUGGAUCGUGCUGCUGUUCUCAUCCUGAAAAUAAAAGGGCCUCGAUCAAUGUCCUCUAUGGUUACUUUUCCAUUCUUGCGUUUUCUAUGGCAGUGCGAAAGGUAUGAAGAUAAUCGCACCGUUUCUUAUAUAUAUAAAAUGCAAGUGCGAAGUUGUUAGAAAUAUAAAAUGCAAACGCGAAGUUGUUAGAAAUACCUCCAAAUCUGAGCUUGAAAACCAUCUUGGUUUCUCGCAGAUGACGUGUAUUUACUAUCUUCAGUUUCGUGAUGUUUUUUUUUUUUUUUUUCAAUGCAGAGAAGAUAAAGCUAAAUGUAUAUAAGACUUUUAACUGUAUAUGUGGGACAACAUUUCUGUUUUCAUGCCUAUGCAAAACAUAAUUUCCAUGUUAAAAUUUUCGUGUUGUUUUCAUUGAGCAGAUGAUUUAAAUGUGUAUAAUGGGUUGUAGAUUUUCACUAUCAAAUUCAGAUAUUGUUAAAUGAUAAUGUUUUUGCAGCUUCAAGUA